ACACCCUCCCUCAAUGGACACGCCCAUCCCACCUAUCUCUCUCUCUCUGUUCCAUGUAGUACGCUUUGUAGUCGUAGAUUACAAUUUCUGAAGAAACAGACUAAAUGGUGGCUCCGGAUGUAAAUUCUAGCGGUGUCGGUACUGGCGGCGAUGGAGAUUUUUCUCCUUCGUUUGCAACAAUUUUGUUGCCAGAGUCACUUCCACAACCAGCAAAAACCAUUGAAUUACCUAAGGAUGACAAGCCCAUUGAUUUAGUUACUAAUGUCAAAGCGGAGGAAAUGCUAGUUGUCCCCGAUUCCAGACCCGUCACUUGCGCCGCUUGCGGUGAAGCCAGCUAUGAUGGGCCCUCUUCUACCUCCUCUUCAUCCAUUAAGACAACAGAAAUAAAAAAGGCGGCGGCGGCGGAGGAGACUGUCAAGGUGGUGAUGAUCAAAGAAGAAGAGGAGGUGGAGGAUACAGGGGCCAUUAGCGUAGUUCACUAUGGUAAUUGCAUCAAUGUCGGUGGCGGUGACGGUGACGGCGACGGUGACGGUGGAGGUGUUAAUGGCAAUGGGUCGUCGUCUUCGUCUUCUUCAGUUGAUUUGCCCAAACCCAUGGAAGGUUUACACGAGACAGGUCCGCCGCCGUUUCUAAAGAAGACUUUUGAGAUGGUGGAGGAUCCGGAGACGGAUUCCACAGUGUCUUGGAACAAAAAUCGUGAUAGUUUUAUCGUCUGGGACGCUCAUGAAUUUUCCAAACAUUUGCUUCCCAAAUACUUCAAGCACUGUAAUUUUUCCAGCUUCAUCCGCCAGCUCAACACCUAUGGCUUUAGAAAGGUUGAUCCCGAUAGAUGGGAGUUUGCAAAUGAAUGGUUUCGGGGAGGGAAGAGGCAUUUGCUCAAGAACAUCAAGAGGAGGAGUAGGUACAACAAGCGGGAACAAGGAGCAGCAAACCGUGGUGAUUCCGCUAAACCCGGUACGGAAGUCGAAAUUGAAAAUUUGAAGAAUGAUCGAGACUUAUUGAAAGUCGAAAUCCUCAAACUCAGUCAGCAACAAGAGAACUCAGAGAAUCAACUCAGCAUUGUUGAGCAGCGCACUCGAGUUGCUGAGUGCAAGCAAUUGCAGAUGUUCAUUUUCCUCUCUAAAGCGGCCAAGAACCGAGGCUUUAUUCAAAAUCUUAUCCCGAAGAGAAAGCAACAGAGAGAACUGGAUGGGAGUGAACUCAAGAAAAGAAGACUGCUUCCAACCCAAGUUCCCGAAAACUUGCCUGAUGCAGCGGAUGCCAACCAAAGUGUCAAUUGUAGAUACCAAGCUCAGGAACAAUUAGCCACUAUGCAAACUGAACUCGCUGAGAUAUUAAGAGAGGAUACAGAGACCAAUACAAUGUUAAAACUAUUAGGGGCUCCCAUGAGUGAUGAAUUUUGCAGUCCUAUUCAGGACCAAAAGGCCAAUUUGAUAUGUGGAACCAAUGACCGGGAAUCUGUUCACCAUCUAAUGUCAGAGAAAUUGCUGGAUGAGGAUUCUGUUUCUGAGAAUUUAGUUGAAGAAGACUUCGAAGUGAAUGACUCAAAGUUUUACCUUGAAUUGGAAGAUUUGAUUGGAAAACCACGAACUUGGGGUGGAUAUGUAACCGAGAUGGUAGAGCAUGCGGGUUGUACUUGAUCAGUACCCUGAUUUCAAUGGCAACAGGGAUGUCUCUGUACCUGACGCAGAGACAACUAGUUGUGUGAACUGGCCCUUCCAGUUGAGCUCCUAAGCCCCCAGUUGCAGAUGCUAGCGUUCGACAGUGGUUAUAAAUAUUCAUAUUUUUCCUCACAUCAGUAAAUACCAUAGUUUAGUUCUGCAUCCAAGGUUUUGUCAUAAUAUGUAUAAAUUAUAAUUAUAGUAGACUUGGUGUCAAUUUCAUGGAUCAUGGUGGUGGAUUUUCGAUGUGUGGCGAAAAUUUUCCUAAACGUUGGUAAUGCUAUUAAAUGCUGCUUAUGUGGCUCAUGAGAAAUUAUUAGGUGUAAGUGUACUCGGUGCA